AGCAGCAAUAAAUGUCUGGGAUGAGCGUCUCUGUGUGGAGCUUUCUCUGUCUGAGCUGAAUCAGUGAAACAGAGUUCCUUAAAGAUCCUCUGCAUGUUCAGGGGUCUGCUCCAGGUCCAGGGUGUCCUCCAGAUGGUGGCAGUAGCCCACCAGUUGGUCCCGGUCCAGCCCUGGAGCAGACAGAAGCGAGCCACGGUUCCGAUCAGAGCUGGGAGGAAGCCUGCUGGACGCAAACAGCUCAGAUUAAAGGGAACCCAGCAUGAGGGGUGAUUAAUCCAGCGACAGACUGCUCUGUGGCCUUCUGCUGCUGGCUAACAGCGGGCUAGCAUCGGUAGCCUAGCAGCGGCUAGCUGCUAACAGCGGGUUAGCAUCGUUAGCCUAGCAGCAGCUAGCGACACAUUUCCGGCCCAAAACUCGGUAAAUAACGGCAGCUGGAAUGGAAACGACGGCGACGAAGAGACGAGACAACAAGAAGUCUCUGCGGGUUAAAGUCAUCAGCCUGGGGAACGCCGAGGUGGGAAAGAGCUGUAUCAUCAAGCGUUACUGUGAGAAGAGGUUCGUCCCAAAGUACCUGGCCACCAUCGGCAUCGAUUAUGGAGUCACAAAAGUUCAGGUCAGAGACAGAGAGAUCAAGGUCAACAUCUUCGACAUGGCCGGACAUCCCUUCUUCUACGAGGUCCGGAACGAGUUCUACAAAGACAGCCAGGGGGUUCUGCUGGUGUACGACGUGGGCCUCAGGGAGAGCUUCGACGCCCUGGACAGCUGGCUGGGAGAGAUGAAGCAGGAGAUGGGUUCUCAGGCCAACAUGGACAGCAUCGUGUUCGUCGUCUGCGCCAACAAGGUGGACCUGACGAAGCGGCGCGUGGUGGACGAAGGUGAGGGCCGUCUGUGGGCCGAGUCCAGAGGGUUUCACUACUUUGAGACGUCAGCCCAGAGCGGCGAGGGCAUUAACGAGAUGUUCCAGGCCUUCUUCUCCUCCAUCACGGACAUGUGUGAGAACGGCGGGAAGCGGCCGGUGGCGGAGGUCAGCGUGGGCUUCACCAAGGAGCAGGCCGACACCAUCCGACGCAUCCGCAACAGCAAGGACUCCUGGGACAUGUUGGGGGUGAAGCCCGGCGCCACGCGGGAGGAGGUGAACAAGGCGUACAGGAAGCUGGCCGUCCUGCUGCACCCGGACAAAUGCGUGGCCCCCGGCAGCGAGGACGCCUUCAAGGCGGUGGUGAACGCCCGCACCUCGCUGCUGAAGAACAUCAAGUAGCCCCGCAGAACCCCAGAAUCCCAGAACCUUUGUGUCCUGUUUACCCCAGUAUUUAUUGUGUGUGUGCCACCGUGCUGAAUGCCAACCUUUGACCCCAGUCCUACCUGACAACAGGUGAGUCCAGGUGGAGGAGGGGCCGACCAGGAUUCACCGCCUACUACAUUAUUUAUUUAACUCUGUUAUUAAAACGCAUUUCUGUAAAAUCUUAA